UUGAUUCAAAUUACAAAAUGGAAGUUAACCCAGAAGAGGUAAAAAGGCACUUGGACAUCUUGGGGUACACGAACAUAGAACCCAGUCUGCUAAAUGAGUUCAUAAAAGAUUUGAAAAAGAUCAUCGAAUACGAUCGAAAACACAACAACAUCAGUGCACUAUCUAUGUCGCUUUACAAAGACUGGGAACAGAGUUACUCCGAGAGGAUGAAAAGUAGUACCCCGAUUAAAAACGCCGUCGAGCGUAAUCGUACAGCGGACGGAGACGAACACGAAGAUGAAGUCAACCUAAUGACCAAACAUAAAAGCCAAAAUUGCGUCUCACAAACAUCUUCAAAAAUUAUAGAAAUGCAUAAUAAAACUCCCAUGAAUAAGAGCUCUAAAUAUGAAUCAGAAUCUAUGCAACCAAAAUGUUAUUUUUGUGGAUGUACGGAAAAUCAACCAAGAUUGGAGGUGAAACACAGUUCGAAUCCACUGCACACUUUACACCUCAGUCUAACAUUUGGUAUUCAACUUAAAUAACAAAAUGAGGCAAUAAAGUAGUCAAUUGUCAUUAAUGAGUCGAUACAAGACUUGCUGUAGAUAACACUAAAAACAUGGAAAUUAUGUAAAUUCAACACUUAUGUUAUGUACCAAAUUUUGUAUGAUACAUCAAUUUAUAAAAUACAAAUUAGAAGAGGUAAUAGCAUUAAAAGUAAUACCUAAUUACUAAUUAGUAAAUAGUUAUAACUUAGAACCAGUAUAGUAGUAUGACCCCUAAUAAGUGAUGCAAUACUUUUUAAUGGUUAGGAUGGAAAAAAUAGUCAGAUGUAUAAGAAAGCUCAAAGAUAUAUCAUUUUGAUGAACACAAUACAUAAUAUAAUAUAUUAUAUUAAUGAAUACACAAUUUGUCAAAAAGAUGUCAGUUUAACUUUAUUAAAUGCGAAUAAAUCUAGAACCUAAUCGGGAACAAAUUACAGUGAACUUAACAGAAUAAUAGAUAACAAAAAAAAAUCUAAUACUAAUCUGCUAGAUUAAGUUCUCCAACUCACUUCAUAUAAAAAUAGUAAAGAAAAAUUUGUACAAUUAUUUUUACAAUUGGGUUUUUUUUUUAAAUAUAAAACUUGUUUAAUUAUUUAAUUGUAUAACUUUCUUUAACAUACUACAAACUGUUUCCCAACCAUACUUUGUAAUAAUUUAAACAAAAAAAAAAAAAAAUGAUUCACAUGUUUUACUGAACUAUUUACAAUU